AUGCCACGUAAGCUACGUAAGAAUAUACGUAAGAGGAAGAGAGCAUUGAAACAUCCAAUAGUAAGACUAACACCACAACAACAGUUGCAACAACAAAUGCUGAAUGACCCCACUAUGUUGCAACAAAUGUCAAGCAAUCCUAUGCUUUUAAACCGAGUUGUUGGUGCACAGAGUGGAGGUUUAAGAGCGGCACUUUUAGCGAAAAUGGCAGGCUAUGGUGGAGCUGCAGACGGAACAGCCUAUAACCCUCAAAGUCAAAUGAAUUUGAGUUCACUCAAAAAUCAAAUAGCAGAUGUCAAAAAGUCAAACAUAGACAUACAGAAGCAAAUAAGUGAAAACGAAAAGAAACUAG